GCAAGGAGCAAGGGUAUGCAAGGAUACCGAAGACACGUCCAGGAUACGCGUAGUGGGGAUCGCCGGUUAGGAUGGAGAAGGAACGGCGAACGGGCGGCCAGUAGCGUUGUCAGAAGUGUCAGAAGGAAGUGUCGCGCCGGUUCGAGCUCUCGUCAACCCGUCAGUCGCGAAAAGGAAGCGAGUCGUGGCGAUUCGCGCGCCUCGCGCACCAAUCUCACGUUCACAGCGCUUGUCGGCGUCGCGGUGUUCACCUGUCAGUUGGUCGAGUCUUAUCUAACAGCGGUCUGCCGAUGCGCCACGUGCGCAAUGGGUAUGAUGGGAAUGUUCAAGUGGCUUAGAAAAGAUACCAUACGAGAUCGAAAUGGAUGGAAUUUAACACAAAAGCAGUAUGGCCUGAAUAACGAGUCUUAUCGUAAUGCUCUACAAGCUUUCAUAGAUCGAAGACGAUCUUCCAAUGACGUGGAGAUUGAGACAUCGAAUAGUCCUGAUAAAUUAAGAGCCGAUCUUUCAUCGAAAAAUAAUAACAAUAAAUGCGAUAAUAAAUGGAAAUCACAAGAAUUAAAAUCAUUUAUACCAGGUGUACCACAUAUAGCAGCUCCUGAAAUUUUUGAAAUUGGAUGGAUAGCCGGCACAGAAGAUCGAUAUCUCGAGUUAAUUUUUGCCGAAUGGCAAAAUACUCGAGUUUCACUGAAGAGGCAUUCACAUCCGGAAUGCAAAGAUGCUGUGAAAGCAGAUUUAGAUAUACUUUCGGAAAUUCGACACCCUAACGUGCUAUUGUUAAUGGCCACCACCUUUACUGACGAUCAUGGUUUAGUCUCUAUUUUUGAAUCUGUUGAUUGUACCCUCUAUCAUUAUAUGCACGAUCAGGGUGAACGAAUAUCCAUGCAAGGUAUUGCAAAAUGCGGGGGAAGACUAUCCGAUGCUUUAAGACAUUCUCACAUGCGCGGAUAUGUGCAUACUGCCAUCAGUUCGCAUUGCGUCUACCUGGCUUCUAAUGGUAUCAUAAAACUAGGUGGAUGGGAACUGGCCAUGCACAUCAACAAUCCAAAACCAAAGAGAGAAUACGAGGAACGUUUACGUGCCGAAGUUUUCCGCUGGCAAGCUCCAGAACUUUUUCAUGGUUACGAACCAUAUAAGGAGAGCGAUGUUUAUGGAUUGGCUUUAUUAAUUUGGGAAAUGUGUACAAUGCAUGUACCUUGGAAUGGAUAUAAUAAGGCAGAUGUUGAAAGACAAUAUGUACAUUGGAAACGUGGUGUUAUUAUGGAUUUGUAUAAUUUUCCACCGUUAUUGUAUAAUUUAUUAGAAGCUGGAUUGCAAUUAGAUGUUAAUAAAAGGACAUUGGAUAUGAAUAGAAUGCGUAGAUUUCUUCAAAAGUUAGAGCUGCAAUACGAGAAUGUAGAACCAGUAUAUAUCGAUCAGUAUAUGAAUAAUAACAAUAAUGAGAUCUUACAAAAAACUUACAUCUUGCAAAAGAAAUCUCCUAUUUUAAAAAAUAAGAGUUCGAAAUUAUUCAGAAGCCUCUCAACCAAACAAUUAUCUUAUUCCUCAAAAAAUGCGGAUUCUCCGUCAAAACAACAUUUGCAUUUGAAAAAAUCAAUGUCCAAACAAACUUUAAACCAAGAAUCUCAUGAUGAAGAAAUGGAUUUUUUUGUUGACGAUAUUAAAGGCAAUGCCAGAAACGAUAUAAAAAAAAAUACGAAUAUUUUCAACAAUUUACACAAUAAUUGUAAAAAAAUUGACUAUCCGACUUAUACUAAAAAAAUACCGGAUAUCAUUCAAAAUGAAGAAGAAUCUAAUGCAAAAGAAAUCUUACAACCAUGGAAUAGUACAUAUAAAAAAGUCAAAGCACCACAGGAAAUAGCAGAAUCAAGAACAACAUCUAUGUAUUCAUCGCCAUUGUUAGAAUCCACGGAUGAUGAAUCCUUCAAAGACGCAAGAACUAAUUUGAAACAAUUAAAAAAAGUAUUAGCGAGCAAAAGGGAACAUUUUUUCUAUGGUAGUGAUUCAUCACCUGUAUCUACAGAUAUAAGCCCAACCAUUAGAGAUAAGAUAUUCACCGAAAUAAAAAGCAAGGAUUACGAACCACAUAAACCAGCUAGUCAUAGAACUAGUAUAGAGCCAAAAUGCAAUAAAUCUCCCAAUCAGUAUGAUUCGUCUUAUUUAAAAUCAACGUUUCAAUCAUAUCGUAAGAUUCCCUAUUUACAUACACCUGAAAGUAUUAAAGAUGCAAUAAUACAACCACAAGUAUUAAAUUCCGAUCCUCAAAGCUUUUUCGAAACUUCUUUGUGGAGAAAAGAGAAAUUAAUUUGUUUAUCCAAAAUGAGAAGAAUUUGUGCUGAUGAAUCCCCGCGCUAUCUUGCACAACAGACAGAUGAAAGCGAUACUGUCUCUGUUGAAACUGUGACCAAAAAUCAAACAACAGAAUCGAUAUCUAUUAAUAGCGAUAAUACUUAUGUCAUAAAAAGUAAAACGGAAGCAACUGAAACAGAAACCAGCCAGGAAGGAUUUACACAAGUAUCAGAAAAUAUGAAUAAUUCUAUAACACCUAGUCAAAGUGAACCUUUGCAAAUCUUAAAAGACGCUUUAGACAGAGCUACAAAAAUUGUUCGUUCCAUUACACCAAAUACAAACGAAUUAUGUCAAUCUCCUACAUUUAGAUCCUACCAAGAUUUUGAAGUAACAGGGGACAAUAAUCAAGAUAAUAAAUAUAUUUUCGAAAAUCUAUAUGACUUACAAGUUAACGACGACAAUGAAGAAAUUAAAAAUAUUGAACGAUCAAUAACGAAAAACGAAACAUUUUUGUUUAAUGAAUCUAAUAUAGAUAACGCAAUAAUUAAUGAUGAAACACAAAAAAAACCUAAUAACAAUAUUGAUGUUAGUAUUGCCAGUAUUGAAACAUGCACUCGUUCGUACAAUACAACAUGUAGCAGAAAUUUUGUUUGCGAAUGUAUUGCCGAAGUAUCGAAUGAAUUUAACAAUUCGUAUAAUGAUACAAUAUCGAAAAAAGAAAAGAUUGAAUCUUCAAAUGAUGAAAUAAUUAUUAUUGAGGAUAAUGCUAAAUCCUUAGAAGUACAAAAUGGAAUAUUUCAGAACAAUUAUGAUACUAAAUUGAAAAUUAAGGAAAAUGAAUCGAAAUCUAUUAUAACAAACUUUGAUUUAAUGUUCAUAAAUGACACUCCAAACAAUAAAAAUUGCAAAACAUGUUAUCAAAGUACUUUACCAAGGCGGCGUUCCUUACCAGCAACAUUGAGCCAAUUGAGAACAAUUAACAAUUCAGCUUUAGGAAAAUUACCUAUACGCAGAGGGGAUAUUCCAGACAAUACAAUCGAAGAUUUAUAUAUAGACGAUGAAUUUGGUGAUAGUUUAAAUGUUAAUAUGGUUUUGCUACAUGAAAAUUUACCAAUUGACGAGGAUUUUUUAUCCGAAAUAUCAAAUCUAUAGACUACUAUAGAAUAAUUACUAAAUAAACAAUGUUAUUUUAAGUUACUAAUAAUUUAUUACAUUUUACUUUAAAAAAAAUAAGCAAUAUUACAUAAUUAUAAAGUUCCAAUUUAGUUGGAAUACAAUACAGAUAAAUAAAUAUUACACGUACCUUAUAUUCAUUUUCGAAAAAUAUUCAUAUAUUUUGCACUUUGACGUGUAUCAAAAACAUGACUGUAUAUUUUUAUGUUAGAUAAGAUAUAUGAUUAAUUAUUAUAAAAUUCGAAUAAAAACAAUAAUAUUU